AUUCUGCAUAGUUAUCGCUCGACGCUUUAUUGAAACUGUUAUAGAUUGAGGAAACGGCAAUAUGCGAAGGUCUAGCUGAUGCAUUAGCUGAUGCAUAAAUUCAUUUCCUUUUUCCAGUCCUUUCUAUUCACACCAACUCUCGGCCUCCUUUUGUCUUCCGGUAUCAACAACAGGUCGAACAACAAAAAGCGUCGAUCUUAGCUUUUCGCUUUGUCGUCCCCGCCACAAUGGAUUCCACCUCAACUGUUGUCAUCGAAAAAUCUCUUCCCAGAGAUAUUUUAGAGGUGUUAGACAGCAUGAGGCGGCGAAAAGAGUUAUCCGAUGUCACACUCGUGGUCGACGAACGAGAAAUAACCGCUCAUCGGGUUAUUUUGGCGGCAUGUAGUCCGUACUUCAGGGCAAUGUUUCUCUCGGGCUUUUCCGAGGCCAGUGAACAAAAGAUCCACUUAAAAGAGGUUGACGCCGAUGCACUUCAAUUGAUCGUGGAUUACUUUUACACAACAGAACUCGAACUUAAUGUGUACAACGUCGAAGAAAUACUGCGGAUAUGUGUCCUACUGCGACUAACAAAUUUGGUUGAUAACUGUGAGACGUUUCUUCGGCGAAACAUGAGUCCAUCGAACUGUAUUGGCCUUCAGUUCGUCGCUGAUCUCUUUUGCCUCGAGGAUUUAAGUCAACACGCCAACCGAUUCGCUCUGUGGCACUUCGCGAACGUUUACAAGGAGGAUGAGUUCAAGAAGAUGCCAUAUAAGCAGCUGAAAGAAUUGGUCAUGGAUGACUCACUGAAAGUUCAGUCCGAAGAGAUGGUCUAUGAAGCGGUCUGGCGGUGGAUUUCGCAUGAUAUGAACGAGAGAAAAGCUUAUGUUGCCGAUAUCAUGCAGUAUGUGAGGUUCCCUCUUAUGAAUCUUCAAUAUCUGCAUGGGAAGUCCAUUCAGAGACUCACCAGUGAAUAUAGGAUGUGCAAGGAGCUUAUUCGUGAAGCUAUCAGCUACCAGACAGCCCUUGAAAGCAAAUCAACGUCAGCACUUGAUAAUUUCCGUGUCAGACCUCGCAUGGCUUCGGAGGAGAUUUUUGUCAUAGGUGGCUGGUCAAAUGGGCAGAAAAUAAGUAGUGUCCAGUGCUUUAACGUGGACACCUUGGAGUGGACAGUCGUGGCUGGUAUGUCUGUGGCACAUGUGUCCAGAGAGGAUUACAUUCGGGUGGUUGCUGUUGGCGAUGAAUUGUACACUGUGAGUCGCUACAAAGUCGGCAAGUAUGACCCCAUCGCCAAUGCUUGGAUUCAGGUCUCUACAGGUCCUGAUGUGCAGUGUAAGUGGGCUGGUGUUUGUGAGUUUGAGGGGUACAUCUAUGCUGUUGGGGGCCAUAGCAGUAUGUGUGCCAAGCAGUUUGAUACAGAAACCAUGAUGUGGAGGUCUCUACCAUCUAUGAUGUACGCUCGUUACUAUCCAGGUGUUGCUGUGGUGAAAGGCAAGAUAUAUGCUGUAGGAGGUUUAGACCAUCUCUGGGCACCGCUCAACACUGCCGAGAGGUACGACCCGCAUGCCAACCAGUGGGAAGCCAUCUCAUCAAUGAGCACUGCACGCUGGAGCCUUGGCGUGGCCGUUCUUAAUGACCAACUUUAUGCCAUUGGAGGAUCAGACAAUAGAGAGUCUUGUAGCAACAGUGUUGAGAUGUAUGAUCCGGACAUGGACAGGUGGGAUCAGGCUGUAGCACCAAUGAAUGCUGGACGCCGUUGUCUGGGUGUGGCAGUUGUGAAUGACACCAUUUAUGUUGUGGGCGGUCGUGUUACAAACAGCAUUGAGUAUUACGACCAGGACAAAAACAGGUGGAUUGUAGUUGGAGCAGUAAACACACGAUGCAACUUUGGAUGUGUUGCUUUGCGGAUUCUGUAAGUAUACAUGGAGAUAAAACAAUGAUUAGACAGUACAAUGGCACAGGGCACUUACAUGUACAGUGUAGCCUAUUGAAACCAAACACAGUAAAAAGGACAUUAAACUUGGACCAUCAACUUGGUGUCAGCUUGGAAAAUGUUCUCACUGGUCUGUGAAAUUUGUUGGAGUUCUCAACUGCGGGGAUUAUGGUUAUGAUGCCAGUAGAGGACAAAAAUAUAUGGCUUCUGUGGUCAUCAUAUCAAUUGUAAAGAUCAUGUGCUAAGGGUAGAAACUGCAGACUGGUACAUUAUGAGUUGUGUUCAGCAUCUCACAAUAUGUAACUUAAACUGACUUUUGUAUUAUUUUUGUACCAAUGUCGAAGUCCGUGUCUUGAAACAUUUUAAGAAAAGACAACAUGGAGAUCAAAAUAUUUGAUAUUACAUGUCAGAAUUGGAUUUUGCUAUGCAAAACAAUAUAUGAAAUUCAAACCUGUCACCAGAGCAGUGAAUGUAGGUAUUUUUUAACCAAUUUGCAUAGCAUAAUUUUGUAUUGACUCAGCAUUACAUUUAAAGAUGAUUUCCAGUCUGUACUGCAGACUCUCGAGUUUGUUUACGUUUUCUGUUUUGUUUCAUGUAAGGCAUCACAAAAUAUGAACAUUUUGCAAUUACUUAAAUGAAGUAAAUUCAAAGUUUCAUGUCAACCACCAGUAUGGACGCAAAGUUUUGUGCUUCGUUCUUUCUUGUAUCACUUGAUGAAACAACUUUGCAGCUGUAAAAGUCAAUGAAACUGUUGGAAAAAUAAUUUGAAAGGCCUCAAAAGAGAAAGCAUGUAGUUCGUAAGGAAUCACAUUGAUUCGCACUCCAUUGAGGGAGACUUUUUUUGUUUAUAAACAUUAGGGUGCUG